AUGGGGUACCCCCGUUUUUUUUUCAUUCCAUUCCCUCCUUAUAAUUGUAUCUUCCGAAAUUGCCCUCUAUCAGCCUCUCAAAUCGGAAGCCGUUUUCCCUCACAAACGCCGACUAAUUUCCAACGAAAUCAUUAUAGAAUUGUUUUCUGUGAAUCAUUACGUGAUCGACCACCAAAGCUUCAAGACAAUUUCAAGUAUAUUUCAUCACAGCUCCAAGAUUCAUUACAGCUCCAAGAAUUUCGAGAAGAUUCAAGUGCACAACGAAAGAGAAAAAGAAGAAAUAGUUGGGAUCCUUUGAUGAACAGCUUGAAAGAUUCAGCAGAUAUAAUUGGUUCAAAGAUUGAUAAUGCAACAAAUGGUAGCCCUAAAAUCUUUUGCGCCUUUAUUUUUCUCACAAAACCUCCGGAACCGGUUAUAUUUGGGAAACCAGAAGCUGAGGGGAUAAAAAUGGUAGAGGACUCACUCAAUUUAAGCUUAAAAGGAGAUUUUAAACAGGAAAAUAAGAUAGGACAGGGGCGUUUUGGUUCUGUUUACAAGGGACUACUAAAAGAUGGAAAAAUAGUUGCUAUAAAGGGUUUUACGUUCAGACUCGAAUGGGAUUUAACUAGCCGUCAAAUGUUCCGCUUGAUCUUGAGGAUCAAUGAAGACGAAUCACAGGUCAUUACAGUUUCAAAGUCGUCAAACAUUGUGUUGAUGGAGAAUUUAUCAAAGAGGGAGGUGCUACAAAUAAACUCAACCGAAUUCUCCAACUCACUGGAUUCAGUGAUCCAGCUUAUGCUGAAGCAUAUGUUACUUUUAGUUGCUAUGAUAUUGUACUUAUUGUAACUGUCAUCAAUAGAACCAAAGAAACCCUUCAGAAUCUCUGUCUGGAAUUGGCAACAAUGGGUGACCUUAAACUUGACACCCUUGCCCCUGAAUCAAGAAAGCGGAUAAAAGCAAACAUUAAGGUGUCGUCAACUGAGACUGGGGUCAUAUUUGGAAACACUGUUUAUCAAACUUCAAAUUUUAUGGAGCACACUGUUAUUGUCCUCAAUGAUAUUCAUAUUGACAUUAUGGAUUACA